GAGACGAGACCGCGAAUGUUCGCCUCCUGAACCUUUCUCAUACUUUUCAUGGAUGGGAUGAGCAAAAGGAGACGGCGAGUGUAGGUCUGGCUGCGGCGGUGCUUUCGUAAACCAUCCGUCCGAGGUUCGGACUGGCCAAAAGUUGGACAGUUGGGUGGUUGGUUACACAGAGUCAUCUCAUCUUGCCCUUCGAAGCGUCGUGGUCGAGAUGGCUCAGCAUCAUGCAACGGCGGCAGGCUCAGAACUUAACGGCACCGCGUCGGCUUACCACUACAAUCUCGACCCCCCCUCGCCUCCGUCUUUGUCUACCGUCUUCCGUCUCUGUCCCCGUCGAAUUUUGCUCCGUAUUGCCAGGGGCCCUUGCAACAUUGCAACCCGCCCGUUCAGAGCGGGACUUCGCGCGCAGACAACGGCAAUCUCCAAUUCUAUCCCUGCCCGCACCACCACCACCACCACCACCACCACAUGCGGUACAAGCUCUCGACCAGACCCAAGAAAGAUGGAGGCGACGGUUCUUCUCGUGCUUUUCGCUUCUACAGCAUGCAUCCUUGAACCCAACCAAGGGCCAGGAACAAGAGGGUGGACGGAGGCCCCGCCAUGCACCUAAGCAGCCCAGGAGGUAUGCUAUCUGGGGUCCAAUUCGACCAGGGAUCGAUCCACUGGAAAGCUGCGUUGCUGGUGUGGGUGCAUGUAUGGGUGCGUAUGUGUAUGUAUGUAUGUAUGUAUGUAUGUAUGUAUGUAUGGUGUGUGAGUUUGUAUGUGUGCGUAUACGACACAGUUUUGCAAUGUGCAUAUUGCGUCUGCCCCGCUGAUUUGGCUGUUACUUUACCUACCGGUACCCUGCCUGGUGGUGUAUGUCUUCGUGGUAUUUCCUUCGUUACGCGCCUUAUAUAAUUCCCCGCAGCCCUUUGCAAAUCCUCGUGGCGUAGCUUGGGUUGUCUUACACAUCAUCACUCUUCAGGCAUAUAUGCAGACGACGCUUUGCCUGCUCUAUCCAGUAUAUAUCAUCUCAACCCUCAUCCUGGCCUACUUACGUAUCUCAAGCCGACAUCAAGUCAAACCUGCUUGCCUACCA